AUGGGGGGUGUGCAGGAGCUAGAAAUUGAGAAGGAAAUACACGAUGAGUGUGAUGAAGACAGUGAAGAGUUCAAAACCACGAGUGAACAACAGAAGGAUCGUUUUGACCUCAUGAAGUCUUGUGAAUACGAUCGCGCAGAGAGUAUCAAAACAAUCCAAGCAACU